AUGGGUCUCAGUGGUGCCACUUCUGAUUAUGCUUGUUUGUGGUGUAUAGUUCACAAGUCUCAGAGGUGGAAUAUGAAACAUGAAUCAACAUACUACAACUCAGACACAAUGAAAAGAACAAUCAAAUCACUUAAGGAGUGGUGUACAAAAAAGAAAGAGAAUUAUUGUUGUAUCAACCCACCUUUAUUUGAGAUUGAACUAGAUCAUGUCAUUCUGGAUGAACUGCAUAUGAUGUUAAGGAUAACAGACAGGCUGACAGAAAAUUUGAUUAUUGAAGUAAUGGAAAAAGACAGCAAAGAAGAUAUGCACAAACCAAGAGGAGAAUGUAAAGGCAUAGGCCUUGAUAAGCUAAUUAAAGCAAUUAAUGACAUUGGCAUAACAUUUAAUGUGUGGGAAAAACUGAAUGCAGAUGGAAAAUCAAGUAAGCAGAAAGACUGGACAAGUUUAGUUGGCUCUGACAAAAAAAAGCUGAUGAAAUUUCUUCCUGAAAAGCUGAAAUCCAUGAAUAUACUCUUUGAUGAAACCAAGUCUGAGGUCAUAAAGCUUUGGGAAGACUUCCAUUCAUUAUACCUGCUGAUAUGCUGUGCAAAUGCUGAUGAAACUACACCAGAUUCUAUUCACCAAAAGGCCAAAGCAUGGAUAGAAUUAUUUUCCAAGCUUGGUGCGAAACGUGUUGGUUAUGGUAAUGCCAGGGUGACCCCAUACAUGCAUGCAGUUCCAUACCACAUACCCCAGUUUAUCUUAAGUCAUGGGCCAAUCAUACAGUUUUCAGGGCAAGGUGUGGAAAAAAACAACGAUGAUGCUAAGCGCAUAUACUACCAAAAGUCCAAUAAAUGGGAUGCAGCUAAGGACAUUCUGCUUUUGGAGUCUAGGCAAAAAUCUCUAGAGCACCACGAAAGAGAGAAGAGAAAAUAUGUGAAGCGAAAUGAGGAAUGGUGGAAUAGCAAAAUUUUAGACUCAAGGAAAAGAAGAAGGAACACAGAAUCAAAUUAUACUGCAACUACGAGUAACACUCUGGAUGAAUAAACAAACAAAUUGUGCUGAUCACAAGCUUUCCUAUUUAAAGUUAUAACUAUUUUUUCUACAGGAGAUGUUGGGCUCUUUUCUAAUUUCCCACAUGACACUAUGUAGUAAGCUUUUGUGUAUGAAAGGACAGUUUUGAUUUUGAUGGGGAAAUCCACUGUAAUUCCUUGUCCAUGUUCAUCCAGGCAGUAAUACCAAUACACUGGAAGGCCAAAUCUUUUGAAAUCAGAUUUCUCAUAAAACAUAGACUUCUUGUCAGCAGCUAAUUUACCACAGCCCUUAAAUAUGUAUCUUACUAUGUCAUGAUCAAUACGGAUUUCGGUGCUAUGUACAGCUUUUACUGCCUUGGAUUUCAAGAUGCUUGUAAUCCCCUCCAAAAACAAAGCUGAUGCAUUUUCUAGUCUUUCAGGUGUUAUUACAGGGAAUAGGUAAGAUCUGAAAGUUCAAAAUACAUCAAAAGAUCAGAAGCUAUGACUUCCGGAAUUUUUUAUUAAUAAUAUUUUU